AUGAAUGGUUUCGUUCUCUGUGCAAAUUUUGAUAUCUUUGUGUUGGUGUUGGUAUGCCCAAAAAAAGAAUUGAAUAUAGUGGUUGGCGGUGUCAAUCUUGAUAGCGUUUUAAAGUUGAUGUUGAAAUAUGCUAUGGUUGCUGGUGUCAGUUUUAAUAGUGUUGUAAAGUUGGUGUCAAUUCCAGUAAAUUUGUAA